UCAAGACACUCCUGAACCAGAGACAACUUCAGAAGCGUCUUACCGGGGCUAAGAAGAAAAACAACUGGACUAUUGCUCACUGCUCUAAAGUCCUCUUUCCAAAUGAAAGUAAAUUUUGCAUUUCAUUUGGACAUCAAGGUCCUAGAGCCUGGAGGAAGAGUGGAGAGGCAGAAUCUAAGGUGUUUGAAGUCCAGUGUGAAGUUCCUCAGUCUGAUGAUUUAGGAUGCCACAUCAUCUGCUGGUGUUGGUCCACUGGGUUUUACCAGCGCAGCCGUCUACCUGGAGAUUUUAGAGCACUUCCUGCUUUCAUCUGCUGACAAGCUUUAUGGAGAAGCUGAUUUCCUUUCCCAGCAGGACUUAGCACCUGCCCACAGAUUAUUAAACUAUUACCAAAUGGUUUGUUGACCAUGAUAUUACUGUUUAACCGGCCGGCCGACUCACCUGACCUGGAUCCCAGAGAACCCCAUAUGGUUCAUUGUCAAGAGGAAGAUGAGAAACACUGGACCCAAAAAUACAGAUGAGCUGAAGACCCCUAUCAAAGCAAUCUGGGCUUCAAUAACACCUGAGCAGGGACACAGGGUGACCAGCUCCAUGCCAUGCUGCACUGAUGCAGUAACUCGUGGUCAAGGAGCCCCAACCAAGGACUGAGUGUCCAAAUAUCAGUAGUUAGACAUUACUGUGUUAUACUUUUAAUUUUUUUAUUUUUUUUAAUCUAGGGAGAUAGUCUAAAAACUUGUGAUACAAGAUUUCAGAUUUUCAUAAGCUGUAAGUCAUAGUCAUCAAAAUGAAAACAAAAAAGGCUUGAAAUGUAAGUGGAAUGAAUAUAAAAUACAUGAAAUUGAAACUUUUUGAUUUAAAUUACAAAAAUAAAAACGCUCUUUUGAGCUGCACCUGUAUAGUACUGUUUACAGUGUUCGGGCUGGACAUCUAAAAACCUGUUAGAAUUUAAAUAACAUGAUUUACACACAGGGUUUAUAAUAGAAAAUGAAGACAUGGUCUUUUUCCAAUUAACCUCGGAGCUACAAUCUUUACAACCCUCUCAGGUGUACAGACCAGGCUGUCGGAUAGACAGAUGACAUGAUGUGAGUAAGAAAAACACCUUUAAACAUAUAUACACAUAAAAAGUUCAACAGAAAAUUUGUGGAAUCACAUUAGAGCUAUCACUGUGCAGCUUAACGUUGAAUAAAAGCACAUGUUUCCAGCUGGUCCGGUGGAGGUCCGUGGAGCAGCAGCUCGUCCUGCUCCCCGACAGCCUGCUGGAUCAACCCUCCACUUCCUGCUCGGUGAGCGGAGUCACUCCGGACACCCGCGGUUCCUCUGGAGGUCUGCUAUCCAGACCAGAGGUUCAGCUCCGGCAGCUGGUUAGCCAGAUGAUCCGGUGAACGGCUGCUGACAGGCUACUGCAGGUGUGUGCCACUGCCAUGCCAAAGCCUGGAUGACCAGGAGACUCGCUGUUAGCAGAAUCCAGAUCUCCAGCUCCUUAUGGCUGUAUAUGAUGAGAACAUCCUGAAGAAUCCUUUCUACUUGGCGCUAGAGAAGCAGAGGCCGGACCUCUGUAGCCGAGUGGCUGAGCUCCACGGCAUUGUUCUGGUGCCUUGUUGUGGAAGUUUGACUGUUGGCAGCUACUCAGACUCUCACUUUGACAGCUAUGUCCUACAGGCUGUGGAGGAUGGAUACAGAAGUGUGGAUGGCAAGGAGGUCAGGAUCCAGGACAGGCAGGUUCUGCUGGGGUUCGGCUCCCCGAGUCCCGUGUCUGUCCCCAUUCUGUUUGAGGAAACCUUCUACAAUGACCAGGAGCAGAGCUACAGUAUCCUGUGCAUCUCCAGGCCCAUGGAGGUGGAUUCGAGCCCAGCCGAAGUCAGCUCCCCUCCCCCCUACUGCCUGAAAAGCCUGGAGGAUGUCAGGGAGUUCCUGGGCCGCCAUGCCCAGAAACUGGACAAGUUCAUCCACAGCUUCUGUCAGGCAUUCAAAGAGCACGAGAGGAAGGGACUCCGACACCACAUAGAUUCAGUCAACAGUCUUUACACUAAAUGUCUUCAGUGUCUGCUCAGAGACUCUCGCUUGAAACUUCUGGCUAAGCAGGAGCUUCAGAUGACUCUUCUCAAACAGGCGGUGGAGAUAUAUGUUCAUCAUGGUAUCCAUGAUUUAAUCUUUAACUUUGUGGGAACGCUUGAAGCUAGCCAGGAUGCUGCCUUCAACAAAACCACCAGGAGUCUGCAGGAGCUGCAGCAAAAGGACCUGGGAGUCAAACCUGAGUUCUGUAUAAACUUGUCUAGGGCAAAGAGGGACCUGAGUCAGCUGAACCAGCAGACAUCGCCCCUCCUCAAGCUGCUUUGCCUGCGCAGAGUCGCCCUGACCGCCACGCAGACCCCCAGACGCACUGUCAGUAUAGAAGCUGUGAGUGCAGAUGACCUCCUCUCUGUCGUCCUUUAUCUGCUGGUGAAGACGGAAAUUCCCAACUGGAUGGCCAACCUGAGCUACAUCAGGAACUUCUGCUUCAGCCAGUCCAGUAAAGAUGAGCUCAGCUACUGUCUGAGCACCUUCGAGGCUGCAGUGGAGUACAUCAACCUGGGAAAGCUUCAGGACACGCACUCUGGCUCAGGCGAACUCAACGACAAGGCACUGUUCAAAGAGAGGAUGAGUCUACUGUCUCAGAGCGCUGCCAUGCCCAUCCACUGUCUGUUUGAGCACAUAGCAAAUGGAAACGAAGCUGAGGUGGAACGUCUGCUGAGUGAAGGAGAGGGUGAUGAGGACGUCAGGAUGUGCCACCCCCUCUGCUCCUGUGACUUCUGUGACCUCCAGCUGUCCGGACGGUUGAAUGAUCCGUCCAUCAUCACGCCGUUCUCCAGGGAUGACCGAGGUUACACGCCUUUGCAUGCCGCUGCUGUCUGUGGUCAGGCCCAGCUGAUUGACGUGCUGGUUCGUAAAGGAGCUCCAGUCAAUGCCACAGACUACCAUGCCCUGACACCACUGCACCUGGCCUGCCAGCGUGGAUACCAGGGAGUCUCAUUGCUGCUGCUGCACUACAAGGCCAACACAGACGCUCAGGACAACAACAGCAACACUCCUCUGCACCUCGCCUGCAUGUAUGGACAUGAGGAUUGUGUGAAGGCCUUGGUGUACUAUGAUGUCCAAACGUGUCGUCUGGACCUUCAGAACGAUAAAGGUGACACAGCGCUGCACAUGGCGGCCCGCUGGGGUUACGAGGGAAUCAUCCAGGUGCUGCUGGAAAACGGAGCCAGUGCCCACAUCCUUAACAGGAGCAAAGAGUCACCACUGCAGUGUGCACUCAACUCCAAGAUUGUCAUGUUGUUGCAGUCGACUCAGAACGGACGUCAGCGCAGCGGCAGUGGAGUAGACUCUCCAAGUUGCUCUCCUCUAGCCUCAGAUUGCAGCAGCCGUCGCUCCUCCAUCUCCAGCACAUCCUCUCUGGGCUCAGAGGCCAAACCAGAGGGAGAUCGAGUCCGACACAGAGAGGUGGAGAAGCUUCUGCGUGCUGUGGCAGAUGAUGAUGUGGAGAUGGUGCGCUACCUGCUGGAGUGGAUGGAUGAAGAUGAGGAGGAUGAAGGAGACAUUCGUUCUGAAGCUCUGCUCUGCCACCCAUUGUGUCAGUGUCCAGACUGCGCUCCCACUCAGAAGCUGUCCGUGCUGCAGGCUGGAGUUCUUGGUGUCAACAGCUGCAACGUUGACGGUUUCACACCACUUCAUGUCGCAGCUCUGCACGGCCACUCGGCGCUGGCUGCUCUGCUAAUCCGCCACGGGGCCAGUGUCAAUGCCCGCACCAACCAGAGCGCCACGCCGCUUCACCUGGCCAGCCAGAAUAGCCACAUCCAGGUGGUGAGGUUUCUGCUGGAGUGCAAUGCCAAACUGAAUAAGAAGGAUCAGUAUGGCAACACACCUCUGAUCCAUGCCUGUCUCCGUGGAAACCUGGAAACAGCCACCACCCUGUUACAGAGUAAUGCGUUGGUGAACAUUGCGAACCUUCAGGGGAACACAGCUCUCCAUGAGGCGGUGCGAGGUGGACACCAGGGCCUCGUGGAGCUGCUGCUGAGGGGCGGAGCCGUAUCGGGCCUCAGGAAUAAAAGGCAGAGAACACCACUGGACUGCGCCUAUGAACUGGGUGGCAAGAACCAUGAAAUCCUAAGAGCUCUGCAGAAAGCUUCUGGACUUUCCCCUGAUGCUGAACCAAUCAAACUCCUCUCUGUGCCCAAAGGAGCCCUGGCUCAUUCAUUUGUGCAGCGCCUGAGGCUCCAGGAUCACUCCAACGGCAGGAGACAGAAGCUGGCCCAGUCCAGGAUCCAGCAGAUGAAGAAAGGUUCCUCUGGUCCUUCCUCCAGGUGUUCACCAGCCCUGAACCAGGUGAAUCCAGACAGGAGGAGGCUGAGGCGGGGGGAGACGGUGGAGGUCAGCAGCCCGUCAGGAAGCUUUGAUGCUGGGCUCCGUCAGAAGGAGCGGCCCCUGGUUCGCUGUCACACGCUGGACUCUGAAGUGCACACUCCAGAGCCACCUGACUCUCCACAUGCUCCAAACACGACUGAAUACAUUUUAGAAGAUCAUGAUCAGGCAAAUUGCAUACACACUCCCAAAACUAGCGAAGGUGCUGUGCCAGCAGGUGUCCAGACAUCCAGAGAGGCAGCUGAUGCUGAAGCUGACACCAGUGAACUGUGUUCCACUGACGUCUCUAACUGCAGCACAGGUAGUGAGAGCUCGCCCCUCCCGCCCUCUGAUGCAUCGCCACAAGCCAGCAGCUCACCUGACUUCUCUUCUACACACAUGCUGACCGCUCAGUCUGCUCCGCCUCACACCCACCGGCCUGUGAACAGAGAAUCAGAGGAAGCCGCCGUCAGCCAGACUCAGCCUCUUGCUGCAGCUGAAGCCUUGCAGUCAGAAAGCGAGGAUGAAGACCCCAACGCCACUGACAUGCACCCCGUCAUCCAGACUGACAGUGGCGAUCAGAGAAACGGCAACCAAACAGCAGAGACGAGCGCACCGUCAAAUCAAGGAGGCUAUGACCAGAAUGAAGGUGUUGUAGAGCAACUAUUAGAAGAGAACUGAAUGAGAUCAAUCAGUUUCUGGGAAAUGAACUGCUCACUGUAAGACAUCCCAAAAGCUAAAUGUUUGCCAAAAAAGAAAAAAGUAAGCACAUGAUUUGAGAUCAGGUGUAACUGACUCAUCAUCUGACUUCAUUCAUACUGGGUCUGUGUCCUCUCACAGAAACCACAACCUACUUCUGCAGUUCAUUCACCCAGCUACUGCAGAGGUUCUGGUUUUAUUUGUCCAGGUUUUGACCUGACUGACUCCUGGAUGUCUGCCUCUGUAGUGGUUGUGAGGGCAGUGGUACCUUGUCUGUCAGGAAUCCGUCUCCUUUUCACUCCAUCUCCAAAACAGCGGCAUAAACAGUAGACCUCCAUUGUUUUAUUGUACAAAAUAUAAUAGUCUGCUUUCACAUGUUUAACUGCUAAAUGGCCGUCCUUGCAACUCCGUGUCGCUGUUGACCUAAAUGAGCAGCUGCAGUUUUUUAUUUGCUGAUUGUCCACAAACCUCCAAAUGAGACAUUUUCACCAGCCUGUUUCCUCGGUAGAAAGUAGUUUCAGAAGACACUGUUCACCGUGGGAACUGGAUUAUCGAGCCAAGCAGACAACACUCUUCCUGACUAGAUGUUUUUGAAUUGUUCACCUCCGCUGGUCUGAAAUAGAGGCAGAAAUCAGACGUCUCUCAAAACCUAGACAAAUGGUAUGAAAGCAAUCAGUAUCACAGCUAAGUGAUCACAUACUUUUGUAAUUUCAACUAAACAUACACUUUGAAGUCACAAUGAAUUUCCUAGUAAUCUUAGAUAAACCAUAAAAUUAAAGGGCGAGAAUAUGUUCUCAGAUUUGGGUGAGCAACUGAUUGAUUCAUGAUGGCAUGUUGUGUCCAGACUCAGCAAAUGUGUGAAAAUGCAGAUUGUAUGAAAGGAUCAGGAAAGGUCCUCUUACUCUCUCCUGAGUUUAAAGCACAUUCUUCUUCUAGCCUUCACAACAGAAAAAGGGAUGCAAACUGACUUUACUUUAUUUCACACUUCAGUUUUGUUUUGAGCCACGAGACUGUAGCUCUGACACUGGAGCGCCAGAUUAUAUUUGAGAAACAGGUGGUUGUUUUAUUUUACUUGAAUACUAGACGCUAACUUGGGUUCAGUGUUAAAACUGAUUUACCCUUUAGCUGGUUCGCUUACAUUUUAUACUAAACUCCGUACUACCCCCCCUUAUUGUUUCAUCAGUAUUGUUUUAUUUAAUUUAUGACGUGUGAUGGUAGUGAGUGCUGUGUUUAGAGAGGUUCAGCUUCUCCUAAAUGUUAGAAUGGGUUUAUUGCACAAUGUAGAGUGGCUUCAUUGACCUGCUUUUGCCUGUUGAUUAGAAUUGUUGGAUUUAUCUCACUGCCAACUGUUUUCCAAAUCAAACCAAGAGAUAAUUGGUGGAUUUCCACCCUCAGCCAUAGAUUUCAGUUGAUUUGAUGAAAAAUAAACUUUCAGAGACUUCCUGCAAAUCACAAUCAACAAUUCAUACAUGUUUAUUAGCUAUGUUAACAGCAGCACCACCAAUAACACAAAAGUUAUACGAUAUAUGAGAACAUGCUACAUGUUUAAGUACAGACACAUUGUCCGCAAAAAGUCAUAUUUGAUGCAUUCAAGACUGACAAAUGAUGACCUGCCACAUUGGUCAGAAAUCAGAUAUGUAAGACGAUAUCCCAAAUGUAUGAGACUAUUAAUGUAGUUGUAUUUGCUGCUCUGUCCAACACACUGAGAGUCUGCACUCACUUAGAAUGUCCUAUAAGGCAAAGAUAGCAAGACUUAACUGUAAAUAGCAGUUUUGUAUCAUGAUUAUGUGUUCGUACGAUUUUUUUUAAAUCAAAUUUUGCUUUCCAAAUAAAUGAUUCCACUAAAUAGUUGUUAAAAACAGAGCUGAAACUGUCCGUUAUUUACUUGGUUAGUUGAUAAGUGUAAAACUGACCAUCAGCCACUGGUUUCAUUCAUUUGUCAAGGAGCAGUGUUCUAUUUUUGUUCCACUGUAAAAUUAAUAUCUGGCUUUUUGGUCACCUAAAGAUGUCCCAUUUGGUGCAUUAUGAUAAGUAAAUACUAUUUUUGACAAUUUAUUAACAAAAGAAAUUAAAUUACUGUCAGAAAUUCUAAUCCAAAAUAUUUGCCAAAUUCAGUGAAUUUCUUCUCAUAGUCCACUAGCUGUGUGUUGUGUGUUGUGUGUGUGCUGAAAGAAGAUCUGGUGUUUGUAAACGGGGCUGCCUCUGUAUGUGGGAAACCAGGUGGUUUAGAUGAAGCCACACCAAACUGCUCCAGCGUGUCCUGUGCAUGUUUGUGCCUGUACACAGGACCGGUGGUCAGGAGCAGCUGGACAGUCUGGCACAUUCCAGCUAUCUAAAUAUGCUAACUAGCUAAAUAUCCAUCACAGACUGCAACUCUAAGUGAUGAAAUAAAAGAGCAUUUAACAGAAUAAUUGGUUAUCACAAGAAGUCUUGCAGGAGCAAAAUGAGUAAAAUGUUGGUUUAGUACAUAACUUCCGAAUACAUGUGAUUGUAUUGAAGUUAUGCAUGAUUAUUUCAUGUUUUUGCACAGUUUUGCCGUAUCUUGAUAUGUUUAUCAUUUCAGUUUCUACUAAUACAUUGUGGUAUAGUACUGACGUGGACUAAAGCUAACGGCUGCCUGCACAUUGACCAGUGUACACAAACUGAUGGUAUGAUUUAGGAAUCAGUCGGCUGUGAGGUGACUGCAGUCGUAAAUGGGCUUCAUACAACAUGCAAAAGUUCCAGAUUGAAACUUUAACGUUAGAAGACGUCUAAUCCCCUUUGAGAGCGCUGUAUCCAGGCUGCAGUGCCGUGUAACCGCCACCUUCAGUGUUAGUCUUUUCAAUAAUGUCACUGUUCACAGAUGUCACCUAAUUCACUUGUUAGGAUGUGUUUGAUCAGUCUGUUUCAUUGGGGAUGAGGCUGAAACUCAGUGUGACACCUCUGCUGAACAGCUGUUGUUGUACUCGGUACUCUCCCUCCAUGUGUCUGCUGUCUUUGGCCCAUCACUCACAGAAACAGCAUCUUAUUCUUUAUGGUGUCUAAUCUUAACUGAAUGGAUGUCAACUUCUACCAGAGAUUAAGUCUUAAGUAUUUUUGUACCACUGUUUUAUUUUGAGGUUUGAAUGUUUAAAGAUGAUUUGAAUGUGCCUUAUUUAAUUCCCACCCAAAUAACCAACAAUAAACCUAUGAUUUAGACAA